UAUGGUUAGUUUAGUUAAUUUUCGUAAAAAUAAAAUUUGGAAAGGAUACGUAUUCUUCCCCAAAAAAUAUAGGAUUUUAUAAACAAAGGUGCUUUUUACGAGCAAUUGGAAAUAAAAACUAUACUAAACCCUACCCUCUAUCGUGAGAAAUCGAGCGAACGAAGGAUGAGCGAAGGUUUUGAGUUUCGAUCAAGAUUUUUCUCCAUUUAAGUAACAUAACAAAGGCAUGGAGAAUUCAAAGCAAUCAAGAACAUCAGAAGACAAAGAUGGGGUCGAUAUGUUUAGUAAAUUACCGGAUCCUAUUCUUCACUUAAUUCUAUCACAUCUUCAAGGUACAGAAGAAGUAAUUCGAACCAGCAUUUUGUCAAGAAGAUGGAGGAAUUUGUGGACUUCACUUCCCUCUAUAGACAUAGAUUAUUCCCGACGAUUGAAUCCCCAUCAAGAAUUCAAAAAGAACAAAUUCGAAGAGUUUGUGUCUCGGGUUUUGGGAAACAACUCUCUCGAUUUGGAUAGUUUCCGUUUAUCUUGUGCGAAUUACUACAAUAUGUCGACAGUGAAGCAGUGGAUUGAUGCUGCUGUUAAAAGAAAUGUCAAAGUACUUGACUUGAUGUUUUGUAUUGGGGAUGAGUAUGAUGAAAUCGAGUUGCCUAAUUCUCUCAUGACUUGUGAUUCUUUGGAGGUGUUAAGGUUGUAUUUGUUUGGACGUUGUCUACAUUUGCCUUAUAGAUGUAAAGGGUUUUCGCGACUUAGGGUUCUUGAGUUGAACGAUAUGAUGUUAUUCGAUGGAGGUUUAGUAACAGAUUUGCUUAAAAAGUGCCCAUUGCUUGAGGAUCUGAAGCUCAAGAAGCUCGUGUUUGGUGAAAAGAUGGAAAUGGUGGAUGGAGAUUUCCAUCGUAGCAUUCAAAUUUCUUGCCCAAAACUGGUGUUUUUGGAGUUAACAAGUUAUAUAGGUAACUUUAAUUUUACCUCGAAAGGUUUAGACUCCUUGAAGAAAGCUGUGAUUAACCUGAAUGGAUCGCUACCUGAAUUGAUGAGGCGCAACAUAUGUGAGUUGUUUGCUGGAAUUUCUCAUGUGGAAUCUUUAUCGCUCAACCCUUUCACCAUCCUUAAGUGCAUUGAUGCUUCAUCUUUACCUAAUCUCAAGACUUUGGAGCUAAGGACAACAAUGGAUGACUUCCCCAUGGAUGACCUCAUCCAAACUCUUCAACAAUAUCCGCGUCUGGAGGCUCUACAUUUGAUCAUUCAAGACGUAUUCUCAUAUCAAAGGAGGAAUUCGUGGCAAUCUGCCCACCUGAAGUUGGAUGAAGUUGAGGCAAGAAGAAUCUUGACUCGCAAUCUGAGAAGAGUUGAGUUUCUUGAAUUCAAUGGAGAAAAUCCGAGUCUGUUGAUGGCACGUUCGUUACUCAUGUAUGGAGAUGCAUUGGAGGAAAUGGUUUUCAUUUGGGGUGACAAAGACAAGUACCCUCGCAAGUCAAUGGAGACUUUGAAGAAAAUGUCAAAAUAUCGCAAGGCUUCUUCAACUGUCAAGCUCAUAACGCUUCUAAGAGAAUGA